AUGCCGGCUCCUUUUGCCCCUGAUUAUGCUUCCUAUAACUGGACUGGCUCUCCGUCCAACUUCAGCCUCUCCACAGAUCCAGUUCUAGGUGGUGACUCGCGAGUUGAAAAUGUCAACAAAUGGUUUCAACCAGGCGACCAGGCCUAUAUCUUGGUAGCCUCCGCCAUGGUUAUGGUCAUGGUCCCCGGACUCGGUUUCCUAUACUCUGGACUUGCCCGCCGAAAGUCGGCCCUCAGCAUGAUAUGGGCUUGUAUGGCGUCUAUGUCCGUCAUCAGCUUUCAGUGGUACUUCUGGGGCUACUCCCUUGCCUUCUCUCCCACUGCUACAAAUGGAUUCAUCGGAAACUUGCACGACUUUGGCCUCAUGGCCACUUUGGCUACUCCUAGCCCGGGCUCUCCCCUUCUAUCCGACCUGCUCUAUGCUUUCUACCAGCUCCAAUUCUGUGCUGUCACUGCCGCUAUAGUCAUGGGUGCCGUGGCAGAACGAGGACGCCUGUUACCUGCCUUGGUUUUCAUUUUCUUCUGGGCUACUCUUGUCUACUGCCCGAUCACUUGCUGGAUCUGGAAUCCCAAUGGCUGGGCUUUCAAAUACGGUGUCAUGGACUAUGCCGGAGGUGGGCCUGUUGAAAUUGUCUCCGGUCUAUCUGCCCUAGCCUAUUCCCUGGUCCUCGGCCGUCGCCAAGAGCGCAUGAUGAUCAACUUCAGACCUCACAACGUAUCUUUGAUAUUGCUUGGUACCGUCUUCCUUUGGUUCGGGUGCCUAGGUUUCAACGGUGGCUCUUCAUUCGGUGCAAACCUUCGUGCUGUUAUGGCUUGCUGGAACUCCAACUUAACUGCAAGCUUUGCCGCCAUGACCUGGGUACUUCUUGACUGGCGUCUUUCAAAGAAGUGGUCGAUGGUCGGAUGGUGCUCAGGUACUAUUUCUGGUCUUGUUGCUGCCACUCCUGCAUCGGGCUUCAUCCCGCCCUGGGCAAGCGUCAUUCUCGGGGUUGUCACUGGGUUUGUUUCCAACUACAGCACCAAGAUAAAAUACUGGAUGGGUAUCGAUGAUUCUAUGGACGUGUUUGCCGAACACGGAGUUGCCGGUAUUGUCGGACUAUUGUUCAACGCCCUCUUCGGAAGUGAUGCCAUCGUAGGCCUCGACGGGGUCAAUGUUGGUGCUAAAAAUCCAACCACCGGAACCGCAGUUGGUGGCUGGAUCAUCCAUAACUAUCGCCAACUAUACAUCCAACUAGCCUACAUAGUCGCCACAGCAGCCUACACCUUCGUCGUAUCCGCCUUAAUCGCCUACGCUAUCAACAUCAUCCCCGGCCUUAAGCUACGCGCCUCCGAACAAGCAGAGCUCCUCGGUAUGGACGAUGACCAGCUCGGCGAAUUCGCAUACGAUUAUGUAGAAGUACGCCGUGACUAUCUUGCAUGGACUCCUCAGAAGAACGAUCAGGUACAAGACGUCAAUGUGUCCCGAGCCAAUCUCUACGGUUGUGGUGAACAUAGUGGCAUGUUCUCGAACCCUGGACAAGAAACUAAGAGUCAGCCCAUUUCCUCCCCUACUCCAUCAAAGUCUUCUUCUCAGACCAACCUCCGAGAUGUGACUGCAGUGCCUUCGGUUGUAGGUGCGCCUGACCACCCUUCCGCCGAGCAUGGCGAAACAGUUGAGACCGUCGAUGCCGAGUUAAGUGAAAAGCCUCGGUAG